AUGGAGAGGCUGUUGAAAGAGCUUGGUUUGGCUUCCAAGCUCCUGAGUGACUUUAAGGAUAUGUAUGAAUAUGAGAACCGUUUAAAAACCUUCACAAACUGGCCUUUUGUAGAGAACUGCAAGUGCACUCCAGAGAAUAUGGCAAAGGCAGGCUUUGUCCACUGCCCAAAUGCAGACGAACCAGAUGUGGCAAAGUGUUUCUUUUGCUUGAUAGAGCUGGAGGGAUGGGAACCCAACGAUGACCCAUGGAAGGAACACACCAAACGUCAGAGCUGUGGCUUUUUAUCCCUUACUAAGCACUUUGAUGACCUGACAUUGGAGGAGUACUACACACUGGAGAUGACACGCCUGAGAACCUUCCUCUCCAAAAUUGGCAGAAGCAUAAUAAAUUCUUUUGAAGAAGAAGUCACUGCAACCAGGCAACGUCUUGUGGAAAACUUUGUCUCCAAGCACCAUUACACACCACCACUGCCACCGGUGCCUCCCUGUGCUGAUCCAUCUGCCCAACAUUCUGAAACCUCCUGCUGCCUGUCGGAAAAAAUCCCAGAGAAGUGA